AGUCAGAUGACGUUUCAUAAUCCACCAAACGUUUCUGGAGCUUUACAGCAAAACAGAGUUGUAGCAUUCUGCCAAAUGACUGAAGUACAUGGGGACAUUUUUUAAAAUGGAUAAAAAGCUCCAUACAGCUCGUCUGUAGUAGUCCAAGUCUACAGAGGCCCCCCAGGAUCCAAAAUGUAUUUGAAAAGAUGUUAUUUACACACUGUGAUACUCUAUUAAUGUUUCUCACCCUUUUACAACCCGCUACGAAAAAUUUGGCUUCAAACCCCUAACCCACUCCCUGACGGCUUGGCCGCAGCUAACUGAGCUAACGGCAGCUACAGUUAGCAGCAGCUAGCAGUCACUAUGGUGAUGUGUUGCCCUCUAUUUGUUAGCAGUAUUAAUCUGUCAGGUGGCAAAAUCUUACGCAUUGCACCUUUAAACAACCCUUUAAUUAUAGCCUACAGUUUUGAAUGGGGCUGCAGGGUUGCCAGGUCGUUUAGAGCUUAAGAAUCAGUGAAGUGAUGCGUUGUUUGUUUGAUGUGUCCUUCAGACUUUAAGGCUUCCGACAACACCUGAAGGCAGCAGAGACUGCCACUGGGUUGAAUAAGAGGACAAUGUGAGCACCAUCACAGUGUGUGUGUGUGUGUGUGUGUGUGUGUGUGUGUGUGUGUGUGUGUGUGUGUGUGUGCAGGAGAAGGAGGAGGAGGAGGAGCCCGGGCUCCUCCGCCGUGAUAACAGGCUGCUGCCUCGGCUCUGUUAUCUUCCGCUCCCCGCCGUCCGAGCAGCGGACCUCCUCCGGACCGCACCAGGAUUUCAUCUAAUUCUUCUGAAACUCCAGUAAACGCCGGAGCGCUCCUCCCAUGGUGUCCCCGGAAGACUCCCCGGCCUCUACUCGACUUUACGGAAACUAUCGGCGACCGUUUUGGGGUCUUGGAAAUCAUGGAAACGUGGUUCUUGAAUCACGUCCUCGGUUUGUCUCUGUCGGUGCUCCUGCUGGGUCUACCGGGACCCCUCGGGGCAGGGACCCCCAGUAACAACAGCACGGACUCGGUGACGGCGGGAUUUCACUCUUCCACCGCCACAGACGAACUCGGUGACACGGACAGCAAUGCAACUUCAACUUCAUCCUCCAGCGAGAGUUUAUCACCAUCACAGAGGAACAUCCUGCUCACACACACUGCAGAGACACACACUGCUGCCGCUGGACGCUCCGACACAGAGCAGACACAAACAUUCACAGAAACAAGCAGCAGAUCACUAGAAGCUGUAAGUCUGUCUACUGAGCCACUCAUCUCCACCCUUGUUGUAGCCACCACUGAGGCUACCACCAGCAGCAGCAGUAGCACCAGCAGCAGCAGUAGCAGCAGCAGCAGCAGCACCAGCGGCGGCAGCAGUAGUAGCACCAGCGGCACCAGCAGUAGUAGCACCAGCAGCACCAGCAGCAGCAGCAGCACCAGCGGCACCAGCAGACUUUGUUAA